AUGCUGGCGCUGAGCGCCGCCCGCCGCCUGCUUCGCCGGCCUGGGGACCUGCUGCCGCCGCCGGGGCUCGCCUGCAUGUGGGCGGCCGGUGCCCGCGGCUGCAGCGGGGCCGGCACCGGCUCGCCGAACCCGGUGGUGUACUUGGACGUGGGCGCCGACAACCAGCCGCUGGGACGCGUCGUGCUGGAGCUGAAAGCUGACGUGGUCCCAAAGACAGCAGAAAACUUUAGAGCUCUUUGUACUGGUGAAAAAGGAUUUGGGUAUAAAGGAUCCACUUUUCACAGAGUGAUUCCUUCAUUUAUGUGCCAGGGUGGUGACUUUACAAACCAUAAUGGAACCGGUGGAAAAUCCAUUUACGGCAGUAGAUUUCCAGAUGAAAAUUUCAUCCUUAAGCAUGUAGGACCUGGUGUUCUUUCAAUGGCCAAUGCAGGACCCAACACAAACGGAUCCCAGUUCUUCAUUUGCACUGCAAAAACUGACUGGCUAGAUGGAAAGCAUGUUGUUUUCGGGCAUGUAAAGGAAGGAAUGGAUGUAGUGAAAAAAAUCGAGAGCUUUGGUUCCAAGAGUGGAAAGCCCUCCAAAAAGAUUGUCAUUACUGACUGUGGCCAGCUGUCCUAA